UGUUGGGUGAAAAGUCAUACUCUUAGAAAACUAUAGUUAUACCAAUUAUAGACCACUAGCAAAAAAGAGAAAGAAAUCACUGAUCAUUCUUGUUUGCAAAUUACUCUUAGCAUUCAAUAGAUUUCAGAAAUGGAAAUUGGCUUAGCAGUGGGUGGUGCAUUUCUCUCUUCAGCUUUGAAUGUUCUCUUUGAUAGGCUUGCUCCUCAGGGUGAUCUGCUGAAGAUGUUUCAGAAACAUACGAAAGAUGUUAGUCUCUUAAAGAAGCUGAGAAUAACUUUGCUUGGUCUUCAAGCUGUGCUAAGUGAUGCAGAGAAUAAGCAGGCAUCAAAUCAAUUUGUGAGCGAGUGGCUUAAUGAGCUUCGAGAUGCUGUGGAUUCUGCUGAAAACUUAAUGGAAGAAGUCAAUUAUGAAGUUUUGCGACUUAAAGUGGAAGGUCAGUAUCAAAAUUUUGCAGAAACAAGCAACCAGCAAGUAAGUGACCUCAACCUGUGCUUGAGUGAUGAUUGUUUCCUCAACAUAAAGGAGAAGUUGGAAGACACUAUUGACACAUUGAAGGAGUUACAAGAGCAAAUUGGUCUCCUUGGCUUAAAGGAACAUUUUGGUUCGACUAAACAAGAAACUAGAAGACCUUCAACUUCUUUGGUUGAUGAUUCUGAUAUCUUUGGAAGGCAGAAUGAUAUAGAGAAUUUGAUUGACCGUUUAUUGUCUAAAGAUGCAAGUGGGAAAAAGCUGACAAUAGUUCCUAUUGUUGGAAUGGGUGGCGUGGGUAAGACAACACUUGCUAAAGCGGUUUACCAUGAUGAGAGGGUGAAGAACCAUUUUGGUUUGAAAGCUUGGUUUUGUGUUUCUGAGCCAUAUGAUGCUUUUAGAAUAACGAAAGGGUUACUUCAAGAAAUUGGCUCAUUUGACUCAAAGGAUGUCCACAACAAUCUUAAUCAGCUUCAAAUCAAAUUGAAGGAAAGCUUAAAGGGAAAGAGGUUUCUUAUUGUUUUGGAUGAUGUGUGGAAUGACAACUACAACGAGUGGGAUGACUUGAGAAAUAUUUUUGUACAAGGAGACAUAGGAAGUAAGAUCAUUCUGACGACACGUAAAGAGAGUGUUGCCUUGAUGAUGGGAAAGGAGCAAAUUAGCAUGGACAAUUUGUCUGCUGAAGCCUCUUGGUCUUUAUUCAAAAGACAUGCAUUUGAAAACAUGGAUCCUAUGGGACAUCCGGAACUUGAAGAGGUCGGAAAACAAAUUGCAGCUAAGUGCAAAGGACUGCCCUUAGCUCUGAAGACGCUCGCUGGCAUGCUACGCUCCAAAUCAGAGGUUGAAGAGUGGAAACGUAUUUUGAGAAGUGAAAUAUGGAAGUUGCCACACAAUGACAUAUUACCAGCAUUGAUGUUGAGCUACAAUGAUCUUCCUGCACAUUUAAAGCGAUGUUUUUCCUAUUGUGCAAUAUUUCCUAAAGAUUAUCCAUUUAGUAAAGAAAAAGUCAUUCAUCUGUGGAUUGCCAAUGGUCUCGUACCACAGGAAGAUGAAAUAAUUGAAGAUUCAGGCAACCAGUACUUUCUCGAGUUGAGGUUAAGAUCAUUAUUUGAAAGGGUCCCAAAUCCUUCUGAAGGGAACAUAGAGAAAUUCUUAAUGCAUGACCUUGUCAAUGAUUUAGCUCAAAUUGCAUCUUCAAAACUUUGUAUCAGGUUGGAAGAGAGCCAAGGAUCUCGUAUGUUGGAAAAAAUUCGACACUUAUCUUAUUCAAUGGGAUAUGGUGGUGACUUUGAGAAAUUGACACCCCUCUACAAAUUGGAGCAGCUGAGGACAUUGCUUCCGACAUGUAUUGAUCUCAAGGAUCGUUAUCACCCUCUAAGCAAGAGGGUGCAGCUUAACAUAUUGCCAAGACUAACAUCCUUAAGGGCAUUAUCGUUGUUAGGCUAUAAGAUUGUUGAGUUGCCAAAUGACUUGUUUAUCAAAUUAAAGCUCCUCAGAUUUUUGGACCUUUCUGAGACAAGGAUUAAAAAGUUGCCUGAUUCCAUUUGUGUAUUGUAUAACUUAGAGACUCUUCUCCUGUCAUCUUGUGCUGAUCUUGAGGAGCUACCGCUGCAGAUGGAGAAGUUGAUGAACUUGCGUCAUCUUGACAUAAGCAACACUUGUUGCUUGAAGAUGCCGGUACAUAUGAGCAAGUUGAAAAGCCUCCAAGUUCUAGUGGGAGCCAAAUUUCCUCUAGGUGGUUUGAGAAUGGAAGAUUUGGGUGAAGUACAUAACUUGUAUGGAUCUCUAUCAAUUCUAGAGUUGCAAAAUGUUGUUGAUAGAAGGGAAGUUGUGAAGGCAAAGAUGAGGGAGAAGAAUCAUGUUGAGAAGUUAUCAUUGGAGUGGAGUGAAAGUAUUAGUGCUGACAAUUCACAAACAGAAAGAGACAUACUUGAGGAGCUACGCCCACAUAAAAACAUAAAAGAAGUCGAAAUCACUGGAUAUAGAGGGACAAACUUUCCCAAUUGGCUAGCUGAUCCUUUGUUUCUUAAGCUGGUGAAAUUGUCUCUUAGCUACUGCAAGGACUGUUAUUCCUUGCCAGCACUAGGGCAACUUCCUUCUUUGAAAAUCCUUUCGAUUAAAGGGAUGCAUGGAAUAACAGAGGUGACGGAAGAAUUCUAUGGCAGUUUGUCCUCCAAAAAGCCUUUUAACUCUCUUGUGGAGCUUAGAUUUGAAGAUAUGCCAGAGUGGAAGCAAUGGGACGUACUAGGAAGUGGAGAGUUUCCUACACUUGAGAAGCUUAAAAUUAAAAAUUGCCCUGAACUCAGUUUGGAGACACCCAUCCAACUUUCAACUUUAAAAUGGUUUAAAGUUAUUGGUUGUCCUAAGGUUGGAGUUGUUUUUAAUGAUGCUCAACUGUUUAGAUCCCAACUUGAGGGAAUGAAGCAGAUUGAGGAAUUAGAUAUUAGUGAUUGUAACUCUCUUACCCUUUUUCCUUUUAGCAUACUGCCCACUACCUUGAAGGAAAUAACUAUAUGUGGUUGCAAGAAAAUGAAAUUGGAGGUGCCUGUUGGUGAGAUGUUUCUGGAGUAUUUGGGAUUGCAAAAAUGUGAUUGUAUAGAUGAUAUAUCAUCUGAGUUACUCCCAAGAGCACGCAAUUUGUGGGUAGAGGAUUGCCACAACCUUGUUAGGUUUUUGAUUCCUACUGCCCCUGAAAAUCUCUAUAUUUGGAAUUGUGAGAAUGUUGAAAAACUAUCCGUGGCAUGUGCGGGGACCCAGAUGACGUAUCUGUUUAUUAAUAACUGUUCAAAGCUGAAGUGGCUGCCAGAACGUAUGCAGGAACUCCUUCCAUCUCUUAAGGAACUGAAUCUUUGUAAUUGUCCAGAAAUAGAGUCCUUUCCUCAAGGAGGAUUGCCCUUCAAUUUACAAGCCAUUCGGAUCCAUUAUUGCAAGAAACUGGUGAAUGGCCGAAAGGAGUGGCGUUUACAGAGACUUCCCUGUCUCACAGAGUUUAGGAUCGUACAUGAUGGCAGUGACGAAGAGAUUGUUGGUGGUGAGAAUUGGGAGUUGCCUUCCUCUAUUCAAAGACUUAUCAUAGAGAAUCUGAAAACAUUAAGCAGCCAACAUCUCCAAAGCCUUACCUCUCUUCAAUAUCUAUAUAUCGUGGGUAAUUUACCUCAAAUUCAGUCAAUGCUGGAACAAGGCCAGUUUUCCUCGCUUCAAACUCUACGCAUCGAGAAUUUCCCUAAUCUCCAAUCACUUUCUGAAUCAGCACUGCCCUCCUCCCUCUCUGAGCUGGAGAUCUCCCAUUGCCCUAAUCUCCAAUCUCUUCCCGUAAAAGGGAUGCCCUCUUCCCUCUCUAAACUACAUAUUUCCAACUGUCCAUUGCUCACAUCACUGCUAGAAUUUGACAAGGGGGAAUACUGGCCAGAAAUUGCUCAUAUCCCCACCAUAGAGAUCGAUGAGGAAUGCCUUUAA